UCUCUGCUCCAAGAGUGGGUAAGUGACAGAAGCUGCUCCAGUCUCACCUGGAAGCCCAGGCGGGAGGUGAGGAAGGUGGAGGCUGAACAGAACCAACCUCGUUGGCCUUUGUCUUCCCUGAGGGGGCUACACACAGCGGGGGUGGGGGGGGGACGUCGACGUGGAUGGGAAAGGCCAGGGAAGUCGUUUGGCAGUGGUGUCGGGGAGGAGGGGGGAGGAAGCAGGAGCAGGAGGGCGCAGCAUCCACACCUGCCACGUCUCUGCAGAGCUGCUCGGGGGCCCGGCAGCAUGCAUCACUGCCUGUGGAAGUACAUCACGGCUGCCGUGCCCUUGAUCCUCCCGAGCUGCUUCCUCCAAGAGAAAAACGAAGAGCAUCUUAAGUACAGUUUAUUGUUGGAGGAAAAGAAGAAAAUCCUGGGGCAGCUCAACCAGGAGCAAAUCGGCUCCGAACCCAAAAACCGUCUGGAGGCCUUCAAGGACAUGCAGAAAACCUCCCCUUUGCUCCGACAUGCCAAGUACAAAUUCCUGGCUGGCGCCCCUCCCCGGGAAAAGAAGCUGCCGACGGUGGGCGGCUCCUCGGCGCAGCAUCCCCACGGGAGCGGCCUCCUGGCCACACUGCGGGCUCUGCGCCAGGCGUGCUCGGGACCCGAGCUGGAGUGCAUCGUGGUGCCGGCCUCCCUGUCAGACGCUGACCCUGAAUGGCUCAGCCGGACGGUCGCCGACGUCUCCGACCUGCUCCGAGCGCACACUGAGGCCCAGCAGCUGCUGGUGGUCCGUGGCCUCGGCGGCCCCCUUGUCCCGGGAGGUGUGAACAAGGUCAGCCACUCCUCACGCUGCGAGGCCCUGCACCCCAGGCAGAAGGCGGGCUGCGCCCUCCUCAUCAACUUUGCCGCGAACCUCCCCGAAUGCUUUCUGAGGCUGGAAGACUGGGUUCACUGUGUCCCCAGGGUUAUCGCUACCGUCUACUGGGCAUUGUCAGCCUGGAAAGAGCUGCCUUGGGUGACCCUGGAGUUCUCCAGCCUGAGCUUGUCGGGGAAAGUUUCCCACUCCAGCGAUCUCCCCCGCCCGACCUCUUUCUUCCUCCUGUUCCCCAAGGACACUCCUCCUCACUUGCUUCUCUCUGAAUUCCGCCUCCUCCUGGCCCAAAACGUUCCAGUUCGUUUCGGUUCCUCAGUCUUCCACCACGUGGGCAAUGACUCUGUGCUGGAGAACACGUGCUUUCCUGCAGGGAAGGGAAAGGUCUUCGGUGAACCAGACAACGCCGCCUCCGGCGUCCGCACGGACACGGUGACGGUGCUGGACAACGUCCCCCGGUACGUCUACUCCCUGGACAAGGAGAGCUUCGCCACCCUCAGUCCUGACCUGACGGUGAUCCCGGAGAAGCCACAGAAAGUCAUCCGGAUAGAGGUGCUGACAGGCUCUGACAAACGAAGGCAGUACCAGCUGGAUCAAGGACGAGUGGAACUGGGCUACGGCCGCUGGGAGGUCAACGGCUGUGCUCGCUCCCUGCUGCCAGCUCCAACGGUGGAAGGACAUUUGGACCAGACGGUGUCUUACGAGGAAGGUUCCGCGGAGGAGCUGAGUUGCAUACGGCUGCUGGUGCCAGCACCUCAAGAGUCCCGGCUCCCGAUCAGGCAGAUCAAAGUCUGGAUCACCGACGAUGAGGAAGAGGACGUUUCGCCAGCACACCGCCAAUCCGGGAAGGAUGGGGCUGGGGAAUGGAAUCUACGUGGUUGGCAAGAAAUGAAGCCAGAAAUUGAUGGAGGCCCGCUCACCCUGAGUUGGGUGACCACGUAA